UUUUUUUUUAAAUAAACAUGUUUAAUUUGUCUAUGUAUGAAAGAUUCUUUACAAAAUAACUUAAAAGCUGUUUCUCAUUCUGUGUGAGUGUACUAUGUGUUUUUCCUUCAAUUUUUACUAAACAUUCUAUAUUAAUUAAUUAAUAGUAAUAAUAAAUUAAACAUCAGAUCCAAGAACACACAAUUGUGAGUACAAUUGCUUAUUUUUGUUAUGUUUUGUUGCAGGAAAUGAAGGAUUAAUUAAUUAUCCUCAUAUCAGCUGAAAAAGUUGCUUUUUUUUUCAGUACUCGAUCCCUUAAUUUGAGCUUAUUAUCAGCAGAUCAAGAUUCAGUCGAUCGGUCGAAAAUGGCGAACAAUUACGACAUGUUUCUCCGGUUUGCAUUCGUGUUUAUGUUCAUCAGCUGCCACCUGUCCACAUGCAAAGGUUUCGAACUCGAACUCGAACUCGAAAUACUUCUCUCCUUACAAUCUUCAAUAAAUACUAAUCAAAUAUCUCAUCCCUUCAUCAACUGGAACUCAUCUCUUCCUUUCUGCAAAUGGAAUGGAAUCACAUGCUUCGAUUCUUCGCACGUGUCGAAAAUCGAGCUACCUGGAAAAAACUUAUCCGGAAAAAUCCCGAAUUCCAUUUUCGAAUUACCACACAUCCAAUCCAUCGAUCUAUCGAAUAAUCAAUUGUUUGGCGAAAUCCCGUAUAAUUUGUCAUCUUGUUAUUCUCUCAGAUACCUCAAUCUGAGCAGCAAUAACUUAACAGGGCUAAUCCCAAUAGGCCGCCUCCCGUUUCUCGAAACAUUCGACUUGUCGAAUAAUAUGCUUUUUGGUGAAAUCCCGGAAGAGAUUGGAUUUUUUUCGGGCUUAAAAGUUGUCGAUCUCGGCGGGAAUAUUCUCUCCGGGAAUAUUCCGGAUUCGAUCACAAACAUGACAAAGUUGGCGUUUCUCACACUUGCAUCAAAUCAAUUGAGUGGCGAAAUUCCGAAAAGAUUAGGCCUUAUGAAGAGCUUGAAGUGGAUUUAUUUAGGGUACAAUAAUUUUUCGGGCGAAAUUCCGAAUUCGAUCGGAGAUUUGAUCAAUUUGAAGCAUCUUGAUUUAGUGUACAACAAUCUCACAGGUGAAAUCCCUUUGUCUUUAGGCAACCUCACAAAUCUUGAACACCUUUUUCUCUACUUCAAUAAGCUCACCGGUCCGAUUCCGAUAACCUUUUUCGAUGUUCGAAAAUUAGUAUCGCUCGAUUUGAGCGAUAACUUCCUUUCGGGUGAAAUCCCGGAAUUGUUUUUUCAGUUGCAGAAUUUGGAAAUCCUCCACUUAUUCUCCAACAACUUCUCCGGAAAAAUACCGAACGCCUUAUCGUUUCUACCUCACCUCCAAAUUCUUCAGCUCUGGUCUAAUAGGUUAUCAGGUGAGAUACCUAAAGACCUUGGCAAGUACAAUAACCUCACUAUCUUAGAUCUUUCGACCAAUAAUCUCACCGGAAAAAUCCCGGAAAAUCUUUGCUCUUCGUCGCGUUUAUUCAAGCUCAUCCUCUUUUCGAACUCCCUAAAAGGCGAAAUUCCAAAGAGUUUGAGCCUCUGCAAGAGCCUGCAGCGAGUUCGACUUCAGAAAAACGAACUCUCCGGCGAACUCUCGCCAAAGCUCACAUCACUUCCGGCGGUGUACUUUCUUGAUUUUUCGGAAAACAAAUUUUCAGGCAGGAUUGAUGACAGAACAUGGGAUAUGCCACAGCUUCAAAUACUGAACUUGGCGAAAAACGAGUUUUUCGGUGAAUUGCCGGAUUCUUUUGGAAGUAAUAGCCUGGAAAAUUUGGACUUGUCAGGGAAUAGAUUUUCGGGCGGCAUACCGGAAAAGUUUGGCGAAUUUUCAGACAUAAUGGAGAUGAGGCUAAGUGGGAAUGAACUGUCAGGAAAAAUUCCAGACCAGUUAUCUUAUUGUAAGAAGCUUGUGAGUUUAGACCUAAGCCAUAAUCAUCUCGCCGGAGAAAUUCCGACGAGUUUUGCAUCCAUGCCGGUUCUUGGUCAGCUUGAUUUGUCUGUCAAUGAAUUAACCGGAAAAAUUCCUUCGAAUUUGGGCGAAGUGGAAUCGCUUGUUCAAGUCAAUAUUUCUUACAACAACUUCCAUGGAAGGUUGCCCUCGACCGGGGCAUUUCUCGCAAUAAAUUCAAGUGCCGUGAUCGGUAAUAACGAACUCUGCGGGGCCGUUUUACCACCGUGCGACGACGGGGCUAAAAACCGCAGUAGUACUCAUUGGUUCGUUUUAGCCUCUCUUCUUUCGUUAGUGACGAUAUUUUCCGUCGCUAUUUUUGUCGCGGUCUUCGUUAGGCCGAGGAAAAGAAUGCCGUUCGAUUCGAAGAGGGUAGUCGAAAGUGAAGACAGGGCUUGGGAAUUGCAGUUCUUGAAUUCUAGUGUUUCGAAAUGGAUAACUAUUAAGGACAUUGUUUCUUCUGUAAGGGAGGAGAAUCUUUCUUACAAAGAGCAGUCAACCUUAAACAAGAAGCGAAGAUUCUUCGCUAAGGAAAUAGCUCCGAUUGCAACGAAGAAUUGGACGGAGUGGACUCGAUUGUAUUGCGAGAUUAAUCAUCCGAAUGUUGUGAAGAUGCUUGCGGUAUGUAGAUCGGAGAAGGCCGCGAUUUUGGUGCAUGAAUACAUUCAAGGCAAGGAUUUGAGUGAAGUUAUUCGACAUCUGAGCUGGCGAAAUCGUAUUAAAACCGCGCUCGGGAUUGCGAAAGCGCUUAAGUACUUGCAUUGUUGUUUUUCGCCUAGUAUUGUAGUUGGUGAAAUUUCAGCUCAGAAAAUCAUGGUGGAUGAAAAAAAUGAAGCACAUUUGAGAUUAAGUCUUCAUGGGAUGAAUCAUUGUUCAGACAACAAGUGUUUCGACUCCUCCUCCGCCUACGUUGCUCCAGAAACUAAAGGAUCAAAAGUGUUGACAGAAAAGAGUGAUAUAUAUGGAUUUGGGAUUGUGUUAAUUGAACUAGUGACCGGAAAAUCUGCGGGCGGAGAUGCCGAAUUAGGUAUGCAUGAAAGCAUUGUUGAAUGGGCAAGAUACUGCUACUCUGAUUGUCAUGUUGAAAUGUGGAUUGAUGAUAAUAUAAUCAAGGAUGAUAAUAAUCAAGGUGUGAUUGAUUAUAAUCAGAACCAGGUCGUCGAGACCAUGAAUCUUGCGCUGCAAUGCACCGCAGGUGAUCCGGCUGCCAGGCCUUGUGCGGUUGAUUUAGUCAACAAUUUGGAAUCAAUUGUUAGAUCCAGUUCUUGUGUUUUUUCAGGGUUUAAGCUUCUUUUCUCUUAAUAGUUAUUAAUUAGUAGUAUUUGAUUUUCUUUUUCUUACUGUGUUGAAUUUUGUUUGCUUUUUUUUUUUAAUUUCUUGAAUUUAGUUUAUGUUUUUUUGUUUUUUGUGUAAGAUUAGUGGUUUGGUUGAUGUUGUGAUGGCAUGCUACUGAGUGUAUAUAUAAUUGUAGAUGGUUUGAAGUUUCAAUUGUUAUUAA